AGUAUCACAAGAAUGUUUUCUGGUUUGUAGAGCCCUUUCAUUACCCUUUUAAAAAAAAGUAGUCUCUAGUCUCCAAUAUGUCACUGUCAAGCCAACGUCAGUGUGUGUCAAUUGUCAAUGUAGUGAGUAAAGCAGUUGAAAAAUAAGAAUGCAACUGCAAUGGCAACUGUGAAUUAAGAAAUAAACCUCAGAUAACACUAAUUAUUUGUAUAAUAUACAUAUAAAGUAACAGUGUUGAAAUUAUAAACAUAUAUAUAUAUUAAGAAACACAGUACUUUUGCCCCAAAUAAGGUGCCUCUGGCUAGUCUAAUCGCAGUUAAUAUUUUUAAUAAGGAAAACUGCACUAACACUUCCGAGGACUAUUACGAAGGAAAAUAAAGUGGUGGUAUUCAUUCACUUUCAACUUUACUCGUCGUAAUUUAUUGUGCUUAUAUCCGCUAUUACGCUAACGUGCCAAAAGUUAUGAUUCUACAGAUGCCAACCGCUAGUUUCGGCGUAAAUAUGAAUUCACUGAAAGAUGACUGUGCAAUCAAAAAUGUUUGGAACCACAAUCUCCAUGAAGAAUUUCAUGUUAUUCGAAAGAUUGUGCAAAAGUAUCAUUGGGUGGCAAUGGACACUGAGUUCCCAGGAGUGGUGGCAAGGCCUAUUGGUGAAUUUAGAUCCACAGCAGACUAUCAGUACCAACUACUUAGGUGUAAUGUAGAUCUGCUGAGGAUAAUUCAGCUGGGGCUAACAUUCAUGGAUGAGAAUGGAAAGACUCCUCCAGGCUGCACCACUUGGCAGUUCAACUUCAAAUUCAAUUUGCAGGAGGAUAUGUAUGCACAGGAUUCGAUUGAUUUACUACAGAACUCUGGGCUGCAGUUUAGAGAGCAUGAGGAGCAUGGAAUUGAACCAUUAGAGUUUGCAGAACUGCUCAUGUCUUCAGGCAUAGUGUUAAUGGAUAACAUCAACUGGUUGAGCUUCCACUCCGGCUACGAUUUUGGAUACUUGCUAAAGCUGCUAACAGAUCAGCAUUUGCCGCAGGAAGAGAAUGAUUUCUUUGAGAGUCUACGGUUGUAUUUUCCCACAGUUUAUGAUGUCAAAUACUUAAUGAAACUGUGCAAGAACCUGAAAGGGGGGCUCCAAGAGGUCGCGGACCAGCUGGAGCUGCGGCGCGUGGGGCCGCAGCACCAGGCCGGCUCCGACUCACAUCUCACCGGCAUGGCCUUCUUCAAGAUCAAAGAGAUAUUCUUCGACGGCAACAUCGAGAGCACGAGCGGGCACCUGUACGGGCUGGGCGCGCCCGCGGGCAACACGGACGAGGCGCGCUCCACGCCGUGAGCCAGCUGUUGUCCAGCGUUAUCAUAUGUCUGAUAUCCUAUUAGUCUAGAAAAUUAUUAUCAAUGAAUCUAUGCCUUGGGUAGAGAAGUAAGUGAGCAUGGCGAUCGCCUCAUACGUGGUUUAUUAUUCUUAUUAAUACAAAACAAAUUGAGUCAGAAUAUAUUCAAUAAUUUAGAGAGAGGAUGUGGAUGUGCGUUUAUAGGAAAAGGCGAUUUGAGUCUUACACCCAAAAAAUUGGUUGUCUGUAAAGUCGGUUUACGGACGGUAGUUUAACGUGAUAACGUCAAACAUUACAGUAGUAUAGACAGGGGCGGUCAGAGUAUAGCAAAAGGGGCCCGAUUCUGGGACUUU